GGCGUCGCAGGUGGCUCCGAGCAUAAACACCUGGCCCUGGGCACAGGGUCCGGGCUCCCCCCAACACCCCCCACUCCCGUGUCCCUCCGAAAGUAGCGGGGUGCUCCGGGCGCAGCUUUUCCUUCCCAGGCCUCUCCCACUUCCCUUCCUACCGGUCCCGCCCACCCCGUCCCGGGAACAGCGCCCGUUGCAGGGUCCCGGUUGUCCCCCCUACAUACCCCUGGGACCAGGAGGCAGAUUCCUGUGGGUCCCAGGAGUGCCAAAAGUGCUCAGCGAGACGGGAAAUUGCAACAGUGCGGGCCCCUCGGCCCUCCCCUCGGCCGCCUUCCCGUAACUCCCGCCCCUGGACACUUGCCCCGCAGCUGAUUCAUAGCCGGGGCGCGGGGCCGCCUUCACACGCCGGGACAGACGUCCGCACCCGCGCCCCUGCGAGGCCGAAGAUCGGCCGGGCUCCGGAGAGCAGGACGCCAGGCGGACAGUCAGACCAAUGGCUCUCUCUGCGGUCCUUCAUCCAGCCUUCAUCUUGGCAGUACUGCCCCUGAGAGCAUCCCUAAGUGAAGUCCUGGGUGAGCCUUUCCAGUUGACGCCUGAGAUACUUGCUGUCUCUAUUCAGUCUAAACUUCAGCAAGUAACUUUACAAUGGACUGUUCCAAAUCUUACUCAUCAAGAAUUAAAAAUGACAUUUCAGAUAGAGAUCAGUAGAGUUAAAACAUCCAACAUCAUCUGGGUGGAGAAUUACAACACCACUGUGAAGUGGAACCAAGUUCUGCAUUGGAACUGGAAGUCUGAGAUCCCCUUGGAAUGUGUAACACAUUUCCUAAGAAUAAGGGCUAUGGUAAAUGAUGCCAAGUACCCUCCCCAGAGUUCCUGGAGCAACUGGAGUUCCUGGAAAGAAGUUAGUGUACAAGUUUCAGUUCAACCUAAUGCAUUAUCAAUAUUUCCUAAAAACAAACUGUUGGAAGAAGGCUCCAACGUCACCAUCUGUUUGGUAUACGGGCAGUAUCUCUAUAAUGUGUCCUGUAAGUUGCAAGAUGAGCCAAUCCAUGGAGAACAGCUUGAUUCACACGUGUCAUUAAUGAAGUUGAAUAAUGUUGUGUUCCUUAGCAACACAGGGACAAACAUCAAUUGUGAAGCCAUGAACGCUACUAAAAAACCAUUUGGUACUGUUCUUUUUGUCUCAAAAGUACUCGAGGAGCCCAAGAGUUUUUCCUGUGAAACCCAAGACUUUAAGACUUUGAAAUGUUCGUGGGAACCUGGGGUAGACACUGCUUUGGCUUGGUCUCAACAAGCUUCUCAAAACUACACUUUAUAUGAAUCGUUCUCUGGGAGACAUGAGCUUUCUAACCACAGGAACUCGCAUACCUGGCAAAUCACUGAAGAGUCACAGGAGACAUACAACUUCACACUCACAACUGAAAACAAGCUAAGGAAAAGAAGUGUCAACAUCAUCUUCAACCUGACCCACAGAGUUCAUCUAAAGGCUCCCCAUGAUGUCACCCUUGAAACUAUAAGUGCUACAAAAGCCAACAUGACCUGGAAGGUGCACUCCCGUGGAGACAGCUACACACUUUUGUGUCAGGUUGAACUCCAACAUGAAAGAGAAGGGAUACAGGAGCACAAUGUUUCUGUCCACAUGAGUGCGAGCUACCUCUUCAGUGAUCUGGAGCCAGACACAGAGUACAAGGCUCGUGUGCGCUGUGCAGAUGCCAACCACUUCUGGAAAUGGAGUGACUGGACUCAAAAGGAGUUCAGCACACCCGAGGCUGCUCCCUCACAGGCUCUUGAUGUAUGGAGACGAGUGCGGUUAGAGAAUGGAAGUCGUGUUUUGAACUUACACUGGAAGCCACUAUUAAAAUCACAGGCCAAUGGCAAAAUCAUAUCCUAUAAUAUAGUUGUAGAAAAUCAAGACAGGCCAACUGAGUCAGAACACUACUCUGUCUGGGCACCAGCCCUUGGCACACAACUGGACCUCGAUCCGAGGAGUUCUUACAAGAUUCACGUCACAGCCAACAACAGCGUGGGUGCAUCGCCUGAGUCAGUGAUAGCCCUCUCUGAUGGUUCUGGACGUGAAGAGGUCCAUGAAAAAAGAAUUAAUGGGACAAAGGAUGGAUUCCAUAUUUCUUGGGACCCCUUAUCUGGAGAUGCUGUAGGCUACGUUGUGGACUGGUGUGCACAUUCCCGGGACCAACACUGUGAUUUGCAAUGGGAGAACCUAGGUCCCAAUACCACGAGCACCAUCAUCACCUCAGAUGCUUUUAAACCAGGGGUCCGUUACAACUUCAGAAUUUUUGGAAGAUCUACGCAACAGAAUGCUCAGUUACUAGAGAAACAAACAGGGUACACCCAGGAACUGGCUCCUCUGGAGAACCCAGAGGUAAGAGUUAACUUUACGUCCAACUCCAUCACCCUGAACUGGCAGGAUUAUGCCAGCGACUUCCAGUCUGCUUUUGUAGAAGGGUACCGUGUGUACUUGAAAUCCAAGGAGUUGCAGUGCCACCCACAGGGGAAAAAGACGUGGCUUCCAGUCACUGAUAAGUUAGUGGUCUGUGAAUAUGACAUCAAAGACCUCAAGCAAAAGACAUUCACUGUGAAAAACCUUCAGCCAGAAACCCUCUAUGAGUUUUUCGUCACUCCGUACACCAGUGCUGGCCAAGGCCCCAAUGGAACAUUCACGAAGGUCACGACUCUGGACGAACACUCCCACAUGCUGCUGCAGAUCUUAUUACCCAUGACUUUCUGUGUCUUGCUCAUCAUCAUUGCGUGCUACUGGAAAAGCCAGUGGGUGAAGGAGAAGUGCUACCCUGACAUUCCAAAUCCAUACAAGAGCAGCAUCCUGUCACUGAUAAAAUCCAAGAAGAACCCCCACUUAAUAAUGAACGUCAAAGACUGCAUUCCAGAUGUCCUUGAAGUUAUAAACAAGGUAGAAGGCCCCAAGACACAGUGUGUAGGCUCUGGGAAACCACACGCUGAAGAUGUAUCCAUUAAGCCUCCCUCCGUGCCAAUAGAAAGCGGUUCCUCUGGCCCUGUGCCCUGCGUCUUCUUUGAGAAUUUUACUUACGAUCAGUCAGCUUUUGACUCUGGUUCCCACGGGCUCGUUUCAGGACCCCUAAAAGACACACCACAUCAACUUGGACUAUUGACCCCACCUAACAAGUUACUAAAUGUUCUAGAAAAAGACUACAUGAAGUCCCUGGAGGAAAGCCCGACUGAAGAAACUAGCUUGAUUUAUGUGUCUCAGCUGGCUUCACCCAUGUGUGGAGACAAGGACAGUCUUGCCACAAAUCCACCCAUGCCAGUGCACUGUUCAGAGUAUAAAAUGCAAAUGGCAGUUCCGGGGAGCCUCGCACCACCUGCUCUGAGUGAGGAUAACAGCCCGACCUCAAUGAUCCUUUUAGGUCAGGACGAACAGUAAUGUUAACUAGCAGCAAGCCAGUUCAUACACUACAGGCACUUUUGGGGAUAUGGUUGGUACCAUGCCAACACAACGUGCCCUGGCCCUUGAUUCCAGGAACAUCCACUAUCUGCAGCACCGAUUUAUAAAAGAUCAUUACAGGCUGACAGACUAAAGACCGGAGCUGUGCAACUUGGCAUUUGCCCUGAAGGCUUCCUUAGAAAUGGUGCAUGCUGACCUUGUUAUUAUUUGUUCCAGGCUCACCCUUAUCAGAGUACCCCUGACCUUGACAUAGGAUAUUCAUCAUUGAUUUCACAAACUCUAUCUACUCAGGACUGACAAAGUGGCUGUGUCCUAGGAUUUUGGUUUGCAAUGAGAAAACAUCUUCAUGUAAACUUGACCUAAUCUAUAAUAUGUAAGGGUAAAGCCAUUGGAUCAAAUGUUUUGAUUAACGCUACAAGAGACUUAUUACUCCUAUUGUGUAGACUUACCACAUUUCAUUGAAAGGUUACAAACUAGAUUUUGGCCUUACCUUGAAAUGAGAAUUUGUAGUCACUGAUACAGUAAAAAAAACUUCUCUUGGUGUCUACACUGAACCAAACCAACAGGUAAGAUGUAGGAAUGAGACAGGAAUAGUCUUCACAGGACUCCUGCCAUCUAGCUUACUAUAGUAAAACAGGAUUGCAAAAAGCUCCAGACUUGGUAUCCAGGUGACAGUAGCCUGUGCAGUAGACUCCAGUCUUCCUCCUUUUUUUUUUGACUACCUCAGAAUAGAAAACAGGACAUUUCAUUGAGUGGUUCCUUUUGCAUUCGUUGCCCCAUCCCAAGCUGUAUCUAAAUAACCUAUUUCCACACAUAGUCUGGUUCAAGAGAAUUCUGUCUCACUCACAUUCCUAUCAUGCUAAAGUAAUAAAGCCUCAGGACUGGAUUCAAUUUAUCGCUAACUUUAAAAUGUUCCAUGGAGUUAGAAGUUAGUUGGGCGCUGGCCCCAAAGUAGGUCUUUUAAGAUAACAUCAAGAUCCAACUACCUCCAGGAAAAAAAAAAUCAGAAAAAAAAUGUCUGUACCAAACUCAUCGAUUACUUAAAUACAGUAUUAACAAUUUCCAUAGCACUUACAUGCAUCAGGUAUUAGGACAUGGCACACAAUACCCACUAUACACAAUAUUAUUUUUAGGUAAGGCCUGAACUCCCAUGGACCUUGGUAGCAGCGUAGCUCCUGUAAACAAUCUCUGGAAGAUGCUCUAUGGUAGCUGGACAAACACAGAUGUUCAAUUCAUCACUUUCUUCCUGUUGAUGUUUGUCACAUUGUAAAAUACGAUAGAGAGGGUCCCUUUGUCUUGUCUGCUGUGAGUGCGGUGGGAAUGACGACUUUGUGCACAUGCAUGGCUGUUACCAAUACUACAGCAAUAGCCAUAUAGCAGGUAGCCUUAGAACAUAGUAACACCAAUCAAAAAUGUUCUGUUAAAGGUCUCCAGUCUUUUCUUUACAUACAACCAAGCCUUUUGAUAGAGAAAGUGGUUCUGCCCUAACCUAGUACCAGGCACUGUCGUGAAGAGUCUACUUGGAGAUGACUUUGGUCAGUACUGCCAAUACCGUUUGUUUUUCUGUCAAUGUAUUUCUCACUGGAAACUUGUAUCCAGAAAUGUUAAUGACAUUGAUUUGUAAAGGUUCUCUUUCAUUUGUUUGUUUAAAAGAUAAUCCACAAAACAUAAAUUCAAAAAAAACAUUAUUUUUGCUGUUUCAAUAAAGCCUAAUUUGAAACAUUUCA